UGUCUCGCCCUCACCGUCAGGAAGGUGGACGCUCCUCCCCGACACUGUUCAUCUGCCGGAGAAACGACCCGAAACGACAUGGAUAACGACCCACAUGAACUCAAGCUCAAGAAGGAGGACUCGAAGGGCAUCGACUCUGUAACAGAGGACGUCGCAAAGACCCUCGCAGCUGGGGAAGUGUCAGAACUUGUGGUCGUCGCGGAAGGUGAAGAACGAACGACACUAUUCGUAUGGCUGCUCGUAUUCUGUACCAGUAUAUCCGGAUUGCUCUUCGGAUAUGACACUGGCGUCAUUUCGGGAGCUCUCGUUACCAUCGGCUCAGAUCUCGGGCCUCAGUCGCUCUCGAACUUCCAGAAGGAACUCAUCACUACAGCAACAACUCUCGGUGCCCUCAUUGGUGGUCUCAUCGCCGGCAUGCUCUCCGAUUACAUAGGCCGGAAACCCGUGCUCGCUGUUGCAGACGUCAUCUUUAUUGCAGGCGCGAUUGGCCAAGCCGUCUCUCACGCCGUCUGGCCCAUGGUCGGCGGGCGGUUCGUGAUUGGUUUCGGUGUUGGCCUCGCGUCAUGCAUAGCACCGCUGUAUAUCCAGGAGCUGUCGCCUACGCGUCUGCGCGGACGUAUGGUCGCAGUCAACGUCGUUGCCAUUACCGGAGGCCAGGUUAUUGCCUACGGUAUUGAUGCUGCCUUCCAGAACAUGGACGGUGGAUGGCGCUGGAUGGUUGGCCUCGGGACUGUUCCCGCAGGGUUGCAAUUAAUGUUCCUGUUCUUCCUGCCCGAGUCGCCGCGCAUCAUGAUUCGCAGAGGCAGGCUUGAUGGUGCGCAUAGGACUCUAUCGAGUAUAUACUCGCUGGCGACGCCUGAGCAGGUUGAGCUCAAGAUGAAAGUCCUGGAGGCUGCGGUGAAGCAGAGUGUUCAAAUAGCCAACUCGACAACCUUCUGGCAGCGGCUGCGGUCGAUUGUCCUUGUGCCUGUACAUCGGCGUGCCCUGAUCAUCGCAUGCGGUCUUCAGGCAUUCCAGCAGCUGUGUGGAUUCAAUACCCUGAUGUACUACAGCGCCACGCUUUUCCAAGAGAUCGGCUUCAGCGACUCGAUCGCCGUCAGCCUGAUUGUCUCGGGCACCAACUUCAUCUUCACGCUAUUCGCGCUGAAGUACAUUGACAUUAUUGGCCGGCGUAAGAUCAUGAUUUACUCCGCUCCCGGUAUGAUAAUUGGUCUCGUCGUCGCUGCCAUCUCCUUCCAUUAUAUGACCAAGAAGACGGGCGGCCAGCUCGUCACUGGCACUGAUUACCCGAAAUCAUGGUCGUCCCUCAUUCUAGCGUGCAUGAUCUUCUACGUCGCGUCCUAUGCCACGGGUCUCGGUAAUGUCCCGUGGCAACAAGGCGAACUCUUCUCUCUAGAGGUCCGUGGCAUCGGCACUUCGCUCGCAACGACCAUGAACUGGGGCGCGAACCUGCUCAUCAACUCCACCUACCUCUCGCUCAUGGCAGCGAUCACGCCCGCUGGCGCGUUCGGCUUCUACGCCGGGCUCUGCCUGCUCGGCUGGCUCUUCUGCUUGUUCUGCUUCCCGGAGACGGCUGGCCUCAGCCUGGAGGAGGCGCAGAUGAUCUUCCAGCACGGAUUCGGCAUCCGCGCGAGCCAGCGGCUUCGCAGGGAGAAGCGGGAGAUCAAGAAAGCCGAGCUGGAGCGGGCGCUGCAGGAGAAGGCGUAGAUAUGCCUCUCCCCGCCCCGUUAAGGUCUGUCGUGUAGUGACAGACAGCGGGCGGCCUCAUGAUGUUCAUGCUGCUUACGAGCAUUUUGAGUGCCAGUGUUG